AUGAUUGACCACUCCGAAUGGAGAGGCGCGCCUCGUAAUGAAAUGCACGCCAUGAUCCUAUGCAUUUAUCUGGGUCCAAUCGUCCAUAAGGCUAGAAGCGGUGUGUAUCACUGGCUUGCACGUGAUCUCGCGACUGCAGUGCAAUUCGAGGUUGUUUGUGAGAGCGGUAACGUAUUGUCGUUCAGAAAAUCAAUUUGGACGUGUUACGAUAGGAAGAAUGCAUCUCGACCAAUACGUGGCAUUAGCGCCGCAGAGAGGGGAGUUGCAUGGCCUUUACCUAAUGGGUUACUUGCCACCUGUUCUCGGUAG